UCCCCGAGAAACAGUCCCAACAACCAGGAAGUCCCCUCUACAAUUUCCCUACAUCAUGACAUCACUUUAAAGGGCAAACGACCAAACCCGGCACCCACAACUCACUUUCCUCGCCAAAGUUCUUUUCCCCUCUCCUCCCCAUCUCCACAGCACCGCUCAUGGCUCCUCCCAAGAGUACUGAACCACCACUAUCGCCAACUCAUUGCUAUGCUCAAAUACCAUGUCAGCAUGAAGAAGGGUGUGUUGUGUUACCUUUUUACCGCCACCCCACCACUCCGUUCUGCCGCCGAUGGCCAAUGAUAACUACCGUGUUCCUUCUCCUCCUCCUCCUUUCAGCACUUGUCUAUGUUUUUUGGCCGUCCGAUCCCAUGAUCAAGGUCGUAGGACUGCGCCUAGACAAGAUACGCGUACACACCUUGCCCAUAAUUAAUAUUGAUCUAUCUUUGUACGUUACUUUAAGAGUACGCAACGUCGAUGUGUAUUCCAUGGAUUUUAGUAGCCUUGAUGUUGCUGUAAAGUACAAAGGGAAGAGACUGGGUCACGUGAGAUCCGGUCAUGGACACGUGAGGGCACUAGGAUCAUCCUACGUGGAUGCUGAAAUAGAUUUAAGGGGGAUCAGUGCUUUGUCCGACGUGGUGUCCUUGCUUGAGGACCUGGGUAGGGGUACGGUCCCGUUUGAUACUGUCACCGAGGUUUCUGGCAAGCUUGGUUUGUUGUUCUUCGGGUUCCCUUUGAAGGCAAAAUUGUCCUGUGAAGUUCUGGUAAAUACACACAAUCAGACAAUUGUUCGUCAAACUUGUUACCCUGAGGGCUUGCGGGCGCCGCGGCUGCAGCAUAAGCUAAAAGAUUCGUUGGGUGCGCUUUUAAGACUCUUCAUGCACAGGAAAGCUAGAGCAAGUGGAAUUUUAAGCACAAACCAGAUGUGAUAACUAUUAUCAUGCACUGUUUCUCUCUUGCCAGUAUGUAUAUUUACCUUGAGAAUCAUUCAUUGGGCGACAUAAUAUAUGUAUAUACUAGAUA